AUGUCUGAACUGAGUUCUGGCUGUGGCGUUCCAGUCCAGAGAAGCUCACAGCCUGGUCCAGAGACUGUGUCAGUGAAGCUGGAGGACUGCGUCUCAGUGAAGCUGGAGGACUGCAGUCAAACACUGGAACUCAAUGUGAUUGUCAAAAAGGAGGAGAAGGGACAUGUUAAAGAAGAAGAGAGCGAAAUCAAAGAAGAUAAGGAAGAGGGGGAGAAGAGAGAGGUCCAAGUAGAAGAGGAGAGAAAUGCUGAUAUGGCUCCUCCAGGAGAGAGCUCCAACUCAGGCUCACUCAGCGAGCCCAGUACCACAGUAGCAGGAAACCAGCAACAACACAGAGGGAGGAACUCAAGAGAGAAACGUCACCACUGCAUGGACUGCUUCACUAGUUUCUAUGAGCCAGAGGAGUUGAGAAGACACACUUGUAAAGACCGCAGCCACGGUGUAACGUGUUCUCCCAAACGGAAAAAGACUUCCAGCUCCUUCUCACCAAUCCUCCCACCAGUCCUCCCACAAUUUUCUUUCAUCAUCGUGUCAGCUAAUGGGGAUCCUAGUAAACAUAAAGAUAUAUGUGAUGAGAGCUUGAACCAGGCCAGAAAACCAACAUCAAUCAGUAACCAUGUGGAUUUUCUCCUUACUAACCGUUACACUUUGUCGCAGGAGGAGAAACUCCAGAUAAAAAGUCUCGGUCCCCACCAGCCACCUGAUGUAGAAAUAACACUUCCCCAACACAGAACAAAGGGAAAGGACCCGACCCGUUCAUUCAACCCCUCGUGGUUCCAUAAGAAAUCGUGGCUGACGGCUAGCGUCUCCAAAAAAGCGCUGUACUGCUUCCCGUGCCUUUUAUUCGGCAAAGAGGGAACUUGGUCGACGGUGGGUUUCAAGGACCUGAAGCACCUCUCCGAAAGGAUUUCGAAACACGAGAGUUGUUGUACUCAUCUGGAAAACGGCAUGAAACUGGGAUUUCUAGGGAAGACUAACGCCGCUGGUCAGCUGGUCAGCGUAAACCCAAGCUCCAUUGAGAUACACAACAGACAAACCGAGGAGAACAGGUACGUGCUGGGUAGAAUGGUCAAAUGCUACGUGCUGUGUGGGAGACAUAUGGCUGCCACGUGGUGGCGGAGUGGCCGGGUCGAGCCGGACUCUCUAAACACAUCCAUGUUUAAGUGCAUCUUUGAGACGAUGUGCGAGGGAGACUCGAGACUCCAGAGGCAUUACGAUGCUCACGGCUUCUUUAAGCACCCAAGAGGCUAUGUACAAAACAAACUGUUUGACUUUAUGCACGAGGUGUACAAAGAGGCAAUUACCAAGGAGGUGUGGGCGGCUAGCUUCGUAGCGGUGCAGGUGGACGGCAUGCCGUGGACAGGGGAGGUCUCCUCCAGGGUGACAUUACCCCUAGCUACAGAUCUAGGAUCAGCGUCUCCACUCCCAACCUUGACCAUAAGUGUGGAAAACGCCAUACUGGCCCAAGAUCAGCUUCUUGGGCUAACAAUCUACUCCUGUACGCCACAGCAGGUCUCUGUCGUGCUACGGUACAUGCUUCCAGACAAUACCGUCACCGAGAGGUUUUGGGAGUUUGUGGACCUAAAGGAUAAAACGGCAGCCGGUCUCACCAACGCAGUCAAGGACUCGCUGGAACCACUGAAACUGGAGCACAAGCUGAUCGCUCAGACGUACGACGGGGUCUCGGCGGCAGCAGUGGACGGGGCCGACGUACGCGACCUGGAAACUCACCUGAAACGCACCUAUCCCAACGCUAACUUUGUGCACUGCUACGCUCACCCGCUACGUGUCACACUCCAGCAGAUCUGCUCGGCGACAGCGACCCAACUCAAAGUGUUUUUUGCGGAUUUGUCUUUGUUCGAGACCUUCUUCCAAGAUCAGCCAAAGAGAGCUACAGCUGCAGGGUGGAACUGUGAGCGAGAAACAGUCAGUGUGGUUUGGGAGAAUCGCGUUGCUCUUCAGAAGUGUGUGGAAGAUAUUAGGACACAGCCGAUGUGGGACCAGGACUCUAUCAGAGAGGCUUAUGGCCUGUCAGCCAAACUCAGGGACCCCACGUUCCUACAACUACUGGAAUUAUUCUAUUUGGUCAUGCAAGAGGUGGAUGUUCUCACUGUCAAUAUACACAAAAGGGACAUUGUCGUGGCGGACAUCGAACAGGCAGUUGAUAGUUUCGAAAAGUACGUUCAGGCCCAACAGGGGAGAGCUGAGGCCACAGCACACGUAGGUCCCAUGUCGGACAACGACAAAAGAGACACAAAGACAACAGCAGCGGUCAUGAGAAAGGCAUGUGACAUCAUCGUCACACAUGUGCAUCACAGGUUUUCUCAAAGUAGUGACCAUUUAAUCGCAGCCAAACUGGUGAAUCCCACGCUCUUCUCUAAGUUCGUAGGCUGUUUCCCGUGCUCAGCCCUACAGUGUGCUGCCAAGCUAUGGCCGGUGGUUAACACUGGGAAGCUGAAAGAUGAAUUGACCUCUCUGUACCAACACACGGAGCUCCACAGGGGUACAACAGCUCUGUCUUUACUGAAAACAAUCAGCGAGCUCAACCUCCAGGAUGUUUUGUCAGAGACGGUCUCUCUUCUCAAAAUCAUCAUCACCACUCCCAUGCAGACCGCCGAGUCUGAUAGAAGGUUCCCCACUCUGAAAAGAAUCCAGGUGUUGCCGUGUUCUCGGAACACCUCGGGAUCCGCGGUCGCUUGGCAACAGAACAAUGGCAGGCUAAAUGCACUGUCCGUGCUCUCUGUCGAGAAGGACUUCAUUCAAGGACUCAGGUCAGACUUUCACGACAAGGUCGUCGAUAAGUUUGUCCAAAAUAAAACCUGCCCUGGAGCCUUCCUGUUUAAAUGAGCAGUACAGCAUCUGAGGAAAAUCUGAGAAGGCUUGGGCUGUGUCUGUAUAUAGUAUAUACUGGGGGCUGAGUCUAUAUAUAGUAUAUACUGGGGCUGAGUGUCCCAAAUGGCGCCCUAUUCCCUCUGUUGUGCACUACAUUUGACCAUGGGCCCUAUUCUGUAGUGCACUACAUUUGACCAUGGGCCCUAUUCUGUAGUGCACUACAUUUGACCAUGGGCCCUAUUCUGUAGUGCACUACAUUUGACCAUGGGUCCUAUUUUGUAGUGCACUACAUUUGACCAUGGGCCCUAUUUUGUAGUGCACUACAUUUGUCCAUGGGCCCUAUUUUGUAGUGCACUACAUUUGACCAUGGGCCCUAUUCUGUAGUGCACUACAUUUGUCCAUGGGCCCUAUUUUGUAGUGCACUACAUUUGACCAUGGGCCCUAUUCUGUAGUGCACUACAUUUGACCAUGCACCCUAUUCUGUAGUGCACUACAUUUGUCCAUGGGCCCUAUGGGCUAUUCUAUUGAAUACAAAAUAAGUCCAUAGACUCCAGUAGAAUUCAGUUGUAAAUAUUUUUUUUGAAUACAUAAUUCAAAUCAGUAGAAGGGCUGGUUUGUAUUGACAUUAGAGGUCUUCACGGGUCCAGAUAUCAGCCAAGUUGCUAACUAAUAGGUCUUCAUAUGUUGGCUAGGCCUUCUAUAAGUCAAUAAUUUCACCUGAUUAGCGUAAAAUAUAUAUGCUAUAGACUAUGCAGAGCCGUUGGUCCAUUCGGAUCUAUCAGCUGUAGUUACAUAGACCCGAGAUCCGAUGACAAUCAAACAGGAACCACCCUGACCCAAGGGACAAGUUAGAAUUUCCACCCCGAACGGGCCCAGGUCUCGGGUAUAUUCAGGUAUAUGAAGACCUCUAAUUGACAUCCAAAGUCAACCAUAUGAGUGUAUUGUUAUGUCAUGUGAUCUGCUUGUAAAGUGUGUAAGAUGUUGUCAACUAUCCUUCAACUGAAUUAUAAAUACAAACAGUUCCAACUGUC